AUAAUUGUACAACACUUUGGUCAGCUUUUGUUGUUUUUAAAUGUGCUUUAUAAUACAAUUUGGAUUGGAUUGGAUUGGACUCAGCAGUCUGCAGUGUUUGUGUUAACACCAGUAGAAACGGGUACUUUACGCAUGUGUGUUAAAGCCACCACACAGGUUCAAAUUCAUAGGAGCCAAUCUCCCUCUGUGGUUCUGCAUGUUCACAUCUCGCCCUGAGGCUUGAUCGGUUAAACUCCGAGGUCUCAGCAUGUUGGAGGAAUGAAGGUAUCUGGUGCCACAGGUUAUUAACAACCUGCUGCUGCUGUCUGCCUGAAGGUGCCACAGUGCAUUUGCAUCGCCUGAAAUCAUCAGUCCUGAGCUCCUGAUGCAGGUUCUGGCAACAGUGCUUUAACAUUGAAAUCAAUGCUUUUGCUUUGUAGUGAUGAUAAUGCAUCUCAGAGGUUGAGAGUGAUGUUAAACACACACCAUGUUCUCAAGGGAGAGAUCCUCAUGUGGUGACUGAGCUGCUCCCUCUGAGAUUAUUUACCUCCACUGCUGUGUGCAAACACACAGUACACUGUUGUCCUUGGCUGAAAUGUCUAAAUGUCUAUUUUUUUUAAUAAAGAGGACCAAAGUCACACAGGGUGUCAUUCAGCCUCCUAAAUGCCCACUUCUUUCAAACCCCCGACACCUCCAGUUUGUAAAGCAGGCAAGCCAUUUUUCAACUUUUCAAAAGCUUCUUCCAAAACCACAGAUGAUAUUUGCCUACAACUGUUUCCAUGCACUAAGUAGUGUUUCUUAUGAUGAGUAAACUGAACAUCAUGUGUUAAGUUACACACAUGCACACCUGCAGUUUCCUUAGAGCAGCCUGCCUUGCUCAAGAGCAGCUCAGCAGUACAGUGACGGAGGUAGAUAUUUCCUUCUGUGCAUUGUCUGGGAAUGCAAACUAUAUUGACCUUCUGCUCACAACUCAAACAGUUGGAAAAGACUAAGAGACCUCUUUCUGUUAUGCUCACACACUUCACCUGGUGUAAAAGAGCAUUUUUCAACAGGAAAUAGGUGAAGAGGACUGUAAUCCAACCGGUUUGCACGCCUCACCCCAUUGCAAUUCCUUCCAUGGAGGAAUGCCUAAAUGUCUUUUUUUUUUUAAAUAAAGAGGACCAAAGUCACACAGGGAAAGAUUCUGACGUCAGCUGUGCAAACUGGGCUCAAAUCUCAGCUUGGCUCAAAGCAACAAGCGGUGACAGAAGCUCAGCCGGGUUCCCAGGGUUGUUCUGACCCACACCUGACCUGACCCACACUUUUUUUCCUUUUUAACAAGCAGCAUUAAUGGAUAUUGAUCAGAUCCGGAUUUAUUGUGUGACUGGUAAUCCAGGGACCCCUGAUGGGAACCUCCAGAUGGUCCUGAACUAACUCCUAAAUCAAGGAUUUCAUUCUGAACCAGGCAUGGCUGGGAAGCCUUUCCGUGCCACCUAUAUCUGGGGCAGCAUCAUCUCCAACCUCCACACCCAUGUAGAGGUUAAGCGCCGGCGCCACAACCUCAAGUCCUACCAAGACUGCUUCCUGGGCUCAGAGGCCGUGGACGUGGUGCUGGCACACAUCACACUGAACCGUUUCUUUGGUGACGAGGAUGUGCCCCGCUACAAAGCCGUACGCCUCUGCCAGGCCCUGAUGGACUCGAGGGUGUUUGAGCCGGUGGGCGUUAAAGUAUUUGGGAAGGAAAAGAAGCGAGCCACAUUUGAGGACAGUAGUUGCAGUUUGUACAGGUUUCUGAGCCCAGCGGCCGGCUCCUCGUCACCACUGACCAACGCCAAGUCUCACUCCACCAACACCAUCGAGAGCGGCUAUGACUCACCGAGCAUGAACAGGAACACGAACGGCUACAGUCCGUCACGUGAAAGACAAGGGGUGCCGAGCUACUCCACCCACUCCCCUGUAAAAACAGACAAAUCACUGGAGGACGUGCUGGGAAACCUCAACCUGAGCUCCACCAUCACCCCUCAGAUGAUCAACCUCGGCCUCUCACAAGAACUUGUGAAUGAGGUGUGGCACCAGCAGGCGGUGUUCAGGCUGUUGCAGCUGAUAGAGCUCCCCCUGUUGGAGAAGCUGUUAGAGGGUCAAGACCCAUCGCGGCCUCCCCUGCAUGGCGUGGACAGUGACCCGGACCUGUUGUAUACAUCAAGCUACCUAGAUAGAGAGGUCCUCAAGGCCUUCAGUGAAGCACAGGCCGAUGAGUGGAUGUCAGGAGCAGUGGACUGUCUAGAGUUUCUGCCCGAUGAGCUGGUGGUGGAGGUCAGUCGAGGUUUGGCCGGUUGUGCUGAUGACCUGCUCCGGUGUAAGAGUCUGCUCUACGAGGCCCUGGCUCAGCAUUACGGAGACACACAGCAGCCGCCUCUGUUCAGCAACCACGUUUUCGACAUCCACUCUGGCAUCUCGGAGCUACUCGUGAACGGUAAGCAGGAGCAAGCCCUAGAGUCUCUGCAGCUGAGUCUGAAGCUGCAGGACUCUCGCAGCAGGGAGGAGCUACGCAGGCUCCUGAGAUUCAUGGCUGUUGCAGGCAAACCACAGGAGGUCAAACUGCACAAGGAGAUUGAGAACAGAAUGGCGGUGAAAAGGUCUUUCUCAAGUGCCAUCGUGUACAGCAGAAGGCUGUCCACCUCUAAAGGAAAGGUGGACCUGAUGGUUCUGUUCAUGAUGGAUAACCACUGUGAUCUGUUCAAAAUUCCGGUUUCAUUGCAUAAGAUGGUCAGUGACAGAAUAACGAAUAUUGUGAAAGGGAAGGAUCCAGAUGUGAUAACAGGAUCAACAUACUGCACAAGAGAGAGCGCUCAGACCUACACAGAAAAUGCACAAAAAACAACUAAAGAAGAACUUUGGGCCUUGCUCCGGACAGUCCACGAGAACCCUAAACUCUCCGCUAAAGAAAAGAAACGGCUACUGGGGCAGUUUUAUAAAGGCCACCCAGAGAUUUUUGUUCAGUACUUUGGAAAUAGAUUGUCCAGUGUCAACAUGUUGCUACAGUGAUAUUUAUUAGUUUAACAAUUUGUGUAUUAUAAUGUAAAAAGAUGUAAGAACAAAAGCUAAUGUGAUGUGAAUGAUGUGAAGAUGUGCAGUAUAGUACGUGGAUUUCAUUUGCUUGUAUGUAAAUAGUGUAGACUACUGAAAAAGAAUGUGAAUUUUAUUUGGAAACUGUAAUAUUUAAGGGUACAUUUCAUUUCUUAGAUAUUUUCUUUGGUGCAGGACACUAACAUGAAAUGUCCUUGUCUGUUAUGAGACUGUUACUUUCCCAGUAUGACAAAAAGAACCAAGUGUUCUUGAGAAUUUUUUUUUGUUUUGACACUGCUUGAUGGCAUUCGGAUAAGUCUGCAUAUAUCGCUUUUCAAUGGAUGUAUUCUUUGUGCUCGUGCAAUAGGAACAGUGUUAGCAAUAAAAACGUGUCUGUUCAUGUGGUUUCUCAUAUACAAUGUAAUGCACAGUAGAGCUAUGUCUCGAGGAACCCUCAAACGGAAAUUUGAACCUGGAAAUUUGAAAGUCUGAUGUUGUGUUGUAGUGAACAGUCAGAGGCAUUCAUGAGAAUCAGCCCUCUGGGUUUUUGUGUUUGUUGCAACAUAUCGGCAAAACAGAUGUUUGUAAAUUGUUGUUUUUUACUUUAAAAUGUAGCCACGUUUUAGUGGUUUCUUCAGGGUUCUAUUUUGAAUGAGGUUUAUGUUUUCCUUCUAAUCAGCUCAGGAAAUCACUUCCACAUUUCCAGGUGACAAAAGCAUUUCCAGAUUAGGUUUAAACCACUCACAUCUUGUUUGUAUUUUGGCAAAUCCUAAUAAAAUUCACCUGGUAUUGUUGAACAUUCA